AAACUAUUCGCCAAGAGGUCCCAACCCAAGACUAAGAAACAAUAAAACAAGUUUUCAUUUUACUCGUUUCCCAGGAGCAAGCUAAGAUAUUUUUGACGAAUAGAAAAAAAAUUCACAGUUUGACGAGUUCAAAGGCAUUUUUUCUACACCUCAUCAAAUCAACAACAAAUAUUGGUGAGUAAACCGAAAUACCUGUUUUGUGUAUAAAUAUGAGAAGAGUGAGUAUAAAGAGCAUUACGCUGUAGAAAGAAAGUAGUAUGUAUAGUUGUGAGUAAAUUAACGACCUCGUCAAUCUGAUAUGUGAUGUGGAUGAGCAGUGGUAUUUACAGCGAGUGCUCGAUGCUCCGCAGGCUCGUGUGCACAACUGUUCCUCGUCUUCCAAUAAUCUCACCAAAACCAAAACCUUACAUUCUCAACUCCCUCACCCAAAAACCCCUUUCCAACGCCAUCAAAUCCUUCUCUUCUUCCAAAAUGGGGGACGCUCGCAGACCCUUAUCCGUUCCCAUCCCCACCUUGGAAAAAGCCGAACGCGCCGAUCUCCUCCGCGCUCUAGAAGCUUCCCUAGGCUCCCCCUUCAGCUCCGACCCUCUCUCUCCCAACCCCAACCCUCUCAUCAUCGUCAUCAGCGGCCCCAGCGGCGUCGGCAAAGACACCCUUAUCGCGCGCCUCCGCGAGGCCCGCCGCGGCCUCCACUUUGUCGUCACCGCCACAUCGCGCCCUCGCCGCCCCACCGAAGUCCACGGCAAGGACUACCUCUUCGUCUCGAAGGAGGAGUUUCUCGGGAUGGUGGAGCGGGAGGAGCUGCUCGAGUAUGCCCUCGUCUACGGGGACUACAAGGGCGUCCCCAAGCAGCAGAUUCGAGAAUGCCUUGCCAAGGGCUGCGACGUCGUUCUUAGGGUCGAUAUUCAGGGCGCCGCCACGCUGAGGAAGGCGCUCGGGAAGUCGGCGGUGUUUGUGUUCGUGGCGGCGGAGAGCGAGAUGGCCCUGGUGGAGAGACUGGUGGACCGGAAGACGGAGACGGCGGAGUCGCUGCUGGUGAGGAUCGGCACCGCGAGAGAGGAGAUGAAGCAUUUGAAGAAUUUUGAUUAUGUUGUGGUGAAUGCGAAGGGGAAGCUGGAGAAUGCAGUGAAGUUGAUGGAGUCUAUUAUUGAUGCCGAGAAAGCUAGGGUUUCGCAACGGACUCCUCUCAUAUAACGGACACUCACAUGAAUUUAUGACGGAUGAUAACGUGGGAAUGAUAGCAAAAUUUUAAUUUUUGAGCUCCAUUUAUUGCCAGUGACGAGCUUGGUGUUUCUUUCCUACAACUGGUGUGAUAAAGAGAAGUGGAUAAUGCUGGUGUGAUUCUUUCAAUACUGCCAUAGAUGAAGUACAAAUGGUUAGUAGAACUUUUAAUUGCAAUGCCUAAUAUCAUUUAUUUAUUUUAUUUUAUUCAGUGACAUAGCUAUGUAGGAAGCAAGUUGAAUGUAGUGAAUGAAACAGUGAAUUGCACUUACACUGAUACCCUUGACACAACAUGUAAACCUUCUUAUGAAGAAGUGAUUCAAAAAGCUUAUCACA